CCGGGCCAGCGGUUCUCAACUGACACCACAAUCCCCACUGGAGGCGUGCAUCUGUCACUAGUGGCAGUGGCACCCAGCCCCCACGCGGGCUCUCUUCCUCAUGGACACGACCGCACAGCACUUUUAACCCGACAACAGAGGGGCAUCAGUCCGGUCAACAGUUUCCACUACUCUCUAGGCGUCUUCCCAAAUUAAAUCUCGGCACGAACCAAAGGAGAAAAUGAAAUUCCUGCUGCUCUGUUCAAUCAUACUAAGCGGGUUGUGGAGUGAGGCCUCCAGCUACAUGUCAGUGUCCGAGGGACAGAGUGCCGUGCUGGACUGUCCGCUUCGCACAGACAACAGCAGCAGGAGAGUGGUGAGCUGGUACCGGCAGAACCACGGAGAGGGGCCCCAGAUGGUUCUGAGUUACCCCACCACAAACACGUCCCGGGUCUCUUACGGCCACGGAUUCAACUCCAGCAGGUUCACCGUCCAGACCAAGGCCAAUGAGACGACGCGGCACCAGCUGCUGAUCACUCCAGCCAAAGAGCGUGACACUGCUGUGUAUUUCUGCAGUCUGUCUAUGCCAACAGAAUCCAACCGCACAAAAAUACAAAAAAAAAAAAAUGAAAAAUGAAAGUUAAAUAAUCACUUGAAGACACUGGUGUGGACCACGUACAUUUAUUAAUGGUAAUGUCUGUGUCUAUUCCUUUCUCAUCACAUAAACAUAUGAAUUGUACAUUAAUUGUUCGACUGUAUUUGACCAUUCGUUGUGCCAUUGAACAAUGCUGGAUUAUGUGAAUCAAUUCUGUCUCUUGGGAAAGAGGGUGUUCCAUAUUGCAAAUGAAAUUAGAACAUUGUUGUUACUUUUAAUGUGUUUAUUGCUGAUAUGUUAUAAUUGUUUGUUGUAAUUUUAUGCCCUUGUUUUGAUUGGAGUGCUCAUGUAAGCAGAUGGCCGUUUUACUGUACAUGUGUGUUUAUAUUUGUCUCUGGUGCGUAGUAUGUUCUUUCUUUUCCUUGUGUUUUAGACUGCUGUGACCAUUGCUUUUUUUUAUCAAGUAAAGGGAACCGGAGUUGCAAUAUAAAGUGUAUAUGACUUCCUAUUUUCCCUAUUCCCUGCACUCAAAUGUAAUCUCUCUGCUCCUAAAAUGUAAACGGGUAAUCUAGAAGCUUCCUUCAAGGGUAAAUAGCAUCAUCCACCAUGUCUGCACCCAUAAAUACUGUACGUCUGCUUUAUAAAAAAAUAUCUGUGUAACCAAAUAAAUGCAUUUUCUGAAGCCGA